UUCUCCCUCCUAUAUAAUACACACCCGACCAGAUUUCUUAUCGUUCCCAUCGAAAAACCCUUUUCAUUUCUAUAUCGUAACCUUUUCUAAAAGCAUCUUUUCUAAAAACAUAUUCGCGUUCAUGGCCGAAUCAGAUCUCCCAAACAUUCAACCCCAAAUGGGUGAGAGAGAGGAAGAAGAGAGGUUGAAGUAUUUGGAGUUCGUGCAAGUUGCUAUGAUUCACGCUUUGAUGUGCUUCGCGAGGCUGUAUGACUAUGCCAAGGACAACUCUGGGCCUCUGAAGCCUGGUGUUGAGACCGUCGAAGGCACCGUCAAGACUGUCGUUGGACCUGUCUACGAUAAGUUCCAUGACGUCCCUAUCGAACUCCUCAAGUUCGUCGAUCGCAAGGUUGAUAUGUCUGUGAACGAGUUGGAUCGCCGCGUGCCACCACUUGUGAAAAAGGUUUCAACCGAAGCGCUAUCAGCAGCUCAGAAGGCUCCAUCGGCUGCCCGAGCUGUGGCUUCAGAAGUCCAGCGUGGCAACGUGGUUGACACUGCCUCAGGACUCGCAAAGAACAUGUAUACGAAGUAUGAGCCUGCUGCCAAAGAUCUUUACACCAAGUAUGAGCCCCUAGCCGAGCAAUAUGCUGUGUUUGCUUGGCGUUCCCUCAAUCGUCUCCCUCUCUUCCCUCAGGUGGCCCAGGUUGUGGUUCCAAGGGCUGCUUACUGUUCUGAAAAGUACAAUGAGACUGUCCGUUGUAGCGCAGAGAAGGGAUACAAAGUUGCAUCAUAUCUUCCAUUGGUGCCCACGGAGAAGAUUGCCAAGGUGUUCACUGCUAACGAUGAUGGAACCGGGCCAUUAGUCACUGGCGCAGGUGAAGGACCUGUUGAUGCUCAUUGAUGGCUUCUGUUGUGUUGAUGUGUUUUGUUGCUAGGUCCAUCCAAUAUCCUAUAUAUUUAUAUACAGAUUCACAAGUGAAAACAUAAGGAUUAUAAUCUGUUUGACAAGGUUACUUCUUUUUUAUAUACAUAAGAAAACGUAAGGAUUAUAAUUUA